AUGGGAAAUUCAUCUUGUUGUUUGCGAACGAGGUCGUCUAGCGGGGAGGACAAAUCGUAUAAUAAUGAUGGACAGUAUAUUAGAACUAAUCAAGUCGAGUUCCAGUACGUUAAUCAAGUGUUCCCACGAGAUGAGACAUCGACAAACUUCUUACCACACAUCAGCGAACGAGAGGUGGCAGAAGGAUAUGAGGAAGAUCCAUCAACAAACCCAACGGCCCGUCCGACGUUCAUGGAGAGAAGUAAAAGUGAAAUGAAAUUAAAAGACAACCGACGUUCUUGCUAUAUGCUUGAUGCGCUAGCUGCUGGCGGACACCAUCCUGGUGUUUUACCAAGAAGUUUGCGGAAGUCCAGUAGUUGCAGCACAAUUUAUAUAGACGACUCAACAGUCAGUCAACCUCAUCUCAAAAACACAAUCAAAUGCAUUUCGUUGGCUAUAUAUUAUCACAUCUCGAACCGAAAAAAUCGUGGUCACGAACGGCUGAUGGAGAUUUUUGAAGAACGACUACAUCCAAUUUUUAGAGAUCCUAUUCCGCCAGAACAAAUGACUCGCGACCCAGAUCAUAGAAAUAUAUAUCGAUUCGUGAGAAAUCUGUUCAGCUCAGCGCAACUCACUGCCGAAUGUGCAAUAAUCACUUUGGUUUACAUUGAACGUUUACUCAAUUAUGCAGAGAUGGAUUUAUGCCCUUCAAACUGGCGACGUGUAGUACUUGGUUCCAUCAUGCUCGCUUCCAAAGUUUGGGAUGAUCAAGCGGUAUGGAAUGUGGAUUACUGCCAAAUUUUAAGAGAUACGAACGUUGAUGAUAUGAAUGAGCUAGAACGACGCUUCUUGGAGUGCCUAGAUUUCAACAUUGAAGUACCAUCAUCUGUAUACGCUAAAUAUUACUUUGAUCUCCGAACUCUAGCUCUUGCAAAUGAUUUACAAUUGCCUAUUCAACCAUUAUACAAAGAGAGGGCGCAAAAAUUAGAGGCGCUGAGUCGAGUAUUUGAGGACAAAGUUCAGUUAUCGUCUCUUCCGAAACGGGCGCGAUCCGCUGAAUAUAUUGUGUUCGAACAUCCUGCAGUUCUAUCUUAG